AUGGGUAGACACGGCGUUAUCGCGUUCCACAAUUUUUGGGGCAUACGAGAGAAGGAUAUCACGGAGAGAGUCGAGGCGACUUGUGGAGAUAUCGAGAGCGGGCUAAUCGCCAAAUACAGGUACAAUUUCUGA